UUCCGGUAGAGUCAGUCGGUCGUGGAGCACGCGAAAGGAACGCGAAAGGCACGCGAGCAUCCUUAUUGUGCAAUAUUGCCGGCAGUUCGGCCAUAGAGGACACGCAGACUCGAUUUCGUGAAGUGACGAACUGAACUCCGUCCAAAAUACCAAAUAUUUCUUUCGUUUCGAACCCAAAACCCAGCGAAUCAUUAAUAAAUGUAAAGCAGAACGUGCGCCGCGCCAUCCACAACAUCAGCAUUAUUCUUGUUCGCGGUUGGCGGUUCGCCUCGCGCGUGCUCUGGCAACCAGCUACGAGGAGGACAUUGAGCCCCAAAUGCCCCAAGAGCCAUGUUGACAGGCUUAAAUGGGCUUUUAAGCGCUUAAAUUUCCAAGGCGCUUUUCCACUCAUUACCAAAACCCCGCCACCCCCGUUUUGCAACAAGCCUGUCAGCGUUUGGCUGGUGUCCUGUGAAAUGAUAUAUUAUAGCCAAGCAAAUAAAAGUGUUGGCCCAAAGUGCGAAUUCGUUCUCAGCCAAAAGGAUUAAGCACGCCCCCAAGCUGUGCCUGUGCGUGUGUGUUUGUUGUUGUGCGUGUCAACUGGCCAUAAGGCCGCAUGUCUGUGUCGAAUUGCCAAUGAAAGGAUUAAAAGCAUAACAUUUCAUAUCGGUUGACAGUCCGCAGUCCGCAGGACACAGGGAACAGGACUCGGCGCCUAAGCUGAUUGCGUUUUGAUAAGACUGUGCUUGGAACUAAGAGUCGAGCAGACGGCACAAAAAGGCCACCAGCACAAGGAGGACAACCUGGACACGUGCUCGACACCAACAACUGGCACUAGCCACUGACCAGCGGGCGAGACGUUGCCAACGUGACGAGCUGAACCACCAGCAGCAGGAGUGGAAGCAGCUAGGCAAGGGGGAAGAAGUGGCCAAUAAAAAAGCUAACGAAAUGCUGAUGCCGCUUGCAGUCGACAGGCGAACUCGGCAACAACAACAAAAACAACCGAAGCAACCGCAUUAAAAACAAAACUGGAAAAGUUGAACCCAGUCCGUAGAAGGGGACAGCCAGAGUAAAAGUUCCAAAUUUGCCAGACAGAGUCCACGUAGAGCUGCUCGUCGCUUUGUGGCCGCAUCCGGAACUGUGAGCAGCAGUUGCCGUUGCCGGAAUUUGAUUUUAACGCAUUUCUCAGAGCCGCGCCAUAUCAAAACCGAGCUCAGGCCCAAACGGAACAGUCUCGUCUGUGCCUCCGGAAAUUUCAAUGGCAACACAUUGAAAUUGGCUGUCACAGAGCCAAAGGGGAAUCAAACUCCACGCGGGCAUUCAUGCGGGAGAUCCGCUGGAAUGAGCGCCAAUUGUGGCGUCACAUGCACUGACAAGCUAUUAACUGUAUGUCUGGCACCCAAAUAAGCAUCCCCAUCACGAAACAGCUGAAACUGAAGGGGGAGAAGAGGAAGUGCUCCUCAUGCUAAGUAUGGCCGCCAGCCGCAGCUCGCUGCUGCAGCUGCUCUGGAUCUCUUGGAUCACUUGGCAGCUACCUUUGGUCAGCGGAUAUCUAAACAUUUUUAUCAGCCACCACGAGGUGAUGAAACUGAUGGGGCUGGAGGCGGAUUUGUUCUACGUGCACGAGGGAGCCAUUAACACAUACGCGAUGCACUUCACCGUUCCCGUCCCGGCAGAUGUGCACGAGCUGGAAUUCUCCUGGCAGAGUCUCAUUGCUUAUCCGCUGCGCUACACAAUCAGCAUCGAAUAUGCCAACGACCAGGACGCACUGGGUACACCCACGCUGAGCAUUCCACACAAGGGUCUGGUGCCGCAGGAGAUCGAGUCCUUCCUGGUCUACCUGCCCUGCACUGGCAACGCCAGCCUUCAACUGCCGGUCAAUGUCAACAUGGUAGUGCAGGGACCUCCCCGCUUCAACGACACCCGGCUCCACUUCAAGCGCAACAAGAUCUGUGCCAAGGGCAUCUCACCUGAACCAAAUCAGUCGCCGGCCCCAGCCCACGCCCCUUCCCAGGGACCGGCUCUGAUGAGUGCUGCUGCCUGCGCUCUGGGCCUGGUCUUAGCCGUAGGCCUCGUGGCUAGCAUGAUGUAUGUGCGGGCUCGCAAGCAGCUGCGCCAGGACUCGCUACACACCAGCUUCACCACAGCGGGUUAUGGCAGUCAUCAGAAUGUGUUCAUUCGCCUUGAUCCUUUAGGUCGACCGCCGAGUGCCACCGGAUCCUACGCGACCAUCGCCAGCCUCAACAAAUAUCCAGCGGAGACCAAAAAGUCCUGCAGCAUAUUCGACCGGUUCCGCAGCUCGCCCACACCCACACCCUACGCCACCGCCCUGCUGCCAAUGGGAGACCAGGGUGGAGAAACCAUUUACUCAAAGCCAGAAUCAGUCUGUCCCUCAAGAAUAUCCUACUACGCCUCCUCCCAGCUAACUCAGGCCUGCAGCAUGUCCACUCCGAAGAGCAGCCGUGGCAAUGGCAGCGGCAGUCUCUUCGGCGGCAUUGCCACCGGCAGCACCAUCACCGUGGCCAGUCACGGACAUGGCGACAAGACCAAGGAGCGUCUGCGUCGCAUACCGAGCGUGCAGCCUGGUGCUUUGAGCUAUGAACAGCUCAUUAAGGAGGGCACCUUUGGUCGCAUCUAUGCGGGCAAGCUGGGGGAGACUUGCGAUGCGCUGGUCAAGACGGUCAUCGAUGGCGCCUCGCUGACGCAGGUGGCCUGCCUGCUGCAGGACGCCUCGCUGCUGAUCGGCGUCAGCCAUCAGCACAUAUUGGCGCCUUUGCUGGCCAACACGGAGCUGCCCGGCCCGCCGGAGAUUGCAUACCCCUAUCCGUCCAAGGGCAAUCUAAAGAUGUACUUGCAAAAGUCACGGGAAUCCAGCACUGCGUUGAGCACCCGCCAGCUGGUGGAGUUUGGACUCCAUAUAACCAAGGCGCUGGCCUAUCUGCACUCGCUGGGCAUCGUGCACAAGGAUUUGGCCACACGCAAUUGCUACGUGGACGAGGAGGCGUAUGUGAAGAUUUGCGACAGCGCGCUCUCGCGGGAUCUCUUCCCAGAUGACUAUGACUGUCUGGGCGAUAAUGAGAAUCGUCCGCUCAAAUGGCUGUCGCUGGAGUCGCUGCAAAAGAAGGUCUAUACCACGCAGGGCGAUGUCUGGUCUCUGGGCGUACUCUACUGGGAGCUGGUCACACUAGCCCAGAUGCCGCACGAGGAGGUGGACAUAUUUGAGCUUACCAAUUACUUGGCUGCCGGCUAUCGUCUGGAGCAGCCCGUAAAUUGCCCGGAUGAAUUCUUUACGGUCAUGAACUGUUGCUGGCACUGUGAGCCCAAACAGCGUCCGACACCCGCCCAGCUGUUGUCCUAUCUGCAAGACUUUCACGUCGAUCUGGGCAUGUAUAUCUAAGGAUCCUGAUGAUGACUGGCUGAUAGGCCUGCGAGCUAAGCAUUCAGCGCGUGAAAAACUUAUUGUAUAACUAGAUGCAUGCACACGAGUUGCGUAAGAUAAAUUAAUUGAAUACUUUUGCAUUUUAAAUGUGAGAAUUGAAUGUGAAUUACCUGUUACCAAUUUCUCUGGCGUCUGUGUGUAACCAAUUGAACGUACGUAUAUGUGUAUAUAGUAUAUAGCAAUUUAUUGUCUAAGUAAAUAUUAAGGCGUUUAAGUGUCACAGAAACCAAUUAACUCGACAACAGUUGCAGACAAUUGCACUUCAAAGCACAACAAUGCAAACAGAGGCAAUUUGUUGCAUUUGCAUGUGUUCCUAGAAACGUAAACUGCCAGAAAUCGCAAACAAUAACUGCCGUAAUUCUUAGUAAAGCACAUUGCAAAGGAUGUGUUAACAAGUUCAAUAAUGGAAACAGUUGACUUAUCACCAAAAUCUAAUUAUAAAACAGCUGAAUUUCAAUUAAGAGGAGUAAAUGUUACAUACUCUGUUGUAACUGAGCCGAAUGCGUAUUCUGGAAUGCAUUACAGUAAGUACAGUUGAGCAUUUAAGUAGCUAGAAAUUAAAUACACAUGCUUAUAUAGUAUAUGUAUACACUUCAGAUUGCGAAAUGCAAAUUGAGUAUUGAGAAUGCAUAUUUUAUUGAAUGUGCAUAAGAAAAGAGCAAGAGAACACAAAGAUAGAAAGAGAGAGAGGAAGAGAGAGAGAGAGAGAGGGGAAGCGAAUAGAAAGUUGAAUGUGCGACAACAAAAUACGGAAUCUUUUGUUCUCAAAUGUUGUCCUCAAUUGUUAUCAAACGAUAUAUUUAUUUAUUGAUUUACCAACGAGCAUUUAAAUAUUAUUAUAUUACAUAUUAUUAUCAAAUAUUUGUAAGGAAAAUUCUCGACUGAUUGCGAGUCAAAGUGAGGCACAGCGGCAGCUGAAGUUCAAAUUAGAAUCAGAAUCAGAAUCAGGUGAAACAACAGACACUGUAAAGCAAUUGUUAAACGCAUAAGUCACACAAAAUCAAAUCAAUUGCCAAUGUCAUAAGCAAAAGCAAUAGGUUCAAGCUAAAUUCCACAAGAGACUCAAAGCACCAAGCUACACUAAAACUCAAAUCAAACCAAAUGGCACACACACUCACACCCACACACACACAUACACAACCAAUGUACACACUCGCACACAGCAAGCUUCACGCUAAUUUUGUUAUUAAACUGACAACUGCUUCAGCUAACUUAGUCCGUCUCAAGUUUUAAUGUGCACAUGUGAGCUACAGUUGUUACCAAGAGCAACUAUUUAACAGAGGAAUAUAGAGGGAAUUAGGCAAUACAAGCUCACUUAAAGCUCACUUAAAGCUUUCGUGUGCUUUAAGAGUUGCUUAUAUAGAACGCGUAUUAGCUGGUUGACAGCCAAGCACCAAUGAGUUUUGAGCUUGAUAAAUCGAUUUAAGCUCACUUAAAGCUUUAUCGAGCUUUAAAAGCUGUUUAUGUAGAAAGCGCUCCAAACAGCGCGGAGCUUUAAGAUUGAAAAAUUGAUUAAAGUUAACUUAAAGCUAUUGUGUGCUUUAAAAGCUGCCCACAGAGCAAGCGCUCGUCGAAACAGUUACGCAGCGAGGAGCUUUGAGCUUGAUUAAUUUUUGUAUUGUUGAACGUGAUUUCAAAGCUCUUUUCUAACAACAAAAUAGCAAUUUUUCACGAUAUUUAUUUUCACUUUUUGUAGCUUUCUAUUAUGUUUUCGACUGCUCGUCCUUUUACCUGCCUAGAUUAAGAUAUUAUUGUUGUUGUUUCUGCUUUAGUUUUAGUUUGAAUUGCGCUACAUUGUGUCUGUUUCUGUUUCUAUUUAUGUUAUUUUUUGCAUUUCUGUUAGCAAAGACAACUGAAAGUUGUUCAAAAACCAUGCAAACAAAAAAUUUAAAACUUAAAAUCCAACCAUAAAAGAAAUAACAACAGCAAGUGUUGUUGUAAAUGUUGAAAGUGCAAUAAAAUGAACGCACAAAAAAGUGCUAAACAAAAAAGAUACAGAAUAUAUCGUAAAGCCAAAUAGAAUCGAAAAUACAAAUAAGAAAUUCACUUUUAAACACUAACAGCUGCUUUUUAACUCUAGCUACGUAAGCUCUAUCACAAUAUGUUUUAACUUUUAAGCACAGACUAGCUGAGAAAAAGAUCAAAUAUUACACUGCCAGCUCAAGCUCAAGAAUUUUACUUUGCACUCAAUGAAAAAACUGAUCAAUGAAUAUGAAUGUUACUACUACUUAAUACGAGUACUCACUAAAAGCUAAACUGACUUUAAGAAACGAAAACGAAAAAAAAAA